AGCCCAGCCCUCCCCUCCCCCAGUUCUGCCGGUUUUCUGACUUUAAACCAAGCCUUGUACGGCGGGAUAAUGUUCAGCAUUAUGCCAGGGUGGACAGAGACUCUUUCCCUGACCUGUGUAUUAGAUGGUUUUGCUAUCAGGUUUAAUCCAACACGGACAUUUGAAUGCGGGGCGGGGAAACAUUGUUCUCUUUUCUGUUCUUACCCUGGGGGCCGCCCUGAACUGGACUGAAGUUGCUGGAUGCCAGACAGCCGUGAGCGGAAGGAGGGGUGAGGACAGGGGAGUCCCUGCUGGGAGGUGUGGAGUCUACCUAAGGCGCAGCAGCCUCUCCGUCCCACGCGAUUCUUCUCAUUGCCGGCGGGGGCGCCGGGGGCCGGGCAGAGCUCCGCAGCUUCGCUUAGCGCACGUGGCACGAUUCCCGCGACGGCCGACAGCAGGGCUUCUGGAGCAGAGAGCUUGUGAGUUUGUUACCAAGUUUCCAUCCAUUCCCAUCAGCCAGCAGCACCUGGAACCAGUGCGAGGGACCAAUGGAUCCCUGUGCCUCGAUUUCCACCCGCCCGGAGGUGCUGAGCGUGGAGAACAUCGCCAAGGUGCGGAUCAGUUGGCGUCUCUGGGUGGCCUUUCUCGCCCCACGCAGGAGUGUCUGGACCACGCGCUGCUGACGUUCAGCCGGGAGGUCGGCUACCUACAGGAGAAGACCCGGCUGGUGAUCCACUGCGAGGGGCAGGAGCUGGUGUUCUUCUCGGGCCAGGGCAAGAACAACAUCGAGGUCUCCUACAUCCAGGGGGUGCCCCACUAUUGAAUGCAGCUUCCCCAGCAGAGACGUCGCCCAGCGGGAUCUUGGUGCUGAGCCUGGCAAACCUGGGCAAAGUGAUGGUUUCAGGCCCUGGCCGCAGGGCUUCAGGCUCUGGCCAUGGGUCCUGUCUCCUGGCUGUGGGGCUUCAGGCUCUGGCCCUGGGUCCUGUCUCCUGGCUGUGGGGCUUCAGGCUCUGGCCCUGGGUCCUGUCUCCUGGCCGUGGGGCUUCAGGCUCUGGCCCUGGGUCCUGUCUCCUGGCCGUGGGGCUUCGGGCUCUGGCCCUGGGUCCUGUCUCCUGGCCGCAGGGCUUCGGGCUCUGGCCCUGGGUCCUGUCUCCUGGCCGUGGGGCUUCGGGCUCUGGCCCUGGGUCCUGUCUCCUGGCCGUGGGGCUUCAGGCUCUGGCCCUGGGUCCUGUCUCCUGGCUGUGGGGCUUCGGGCUCUGGCCCUGG